AUGCACAUCUACCACCGACACACUCCUGGCCCGGCGAUCUCGACACACCCUAUGAUCGAUCACCCCGACACAAUUUUUCCGGUCGAUGCGACUUCCAUCCUCUCGUCGCCCGCGCUUGCGAUGAGAGCCGAAGGCGGCGCGGCGGCCGUCAACACACCCGCCGACUAUCUCAGCUACAGCCCCAGCGAGAACGGCCUGGGCACGUUCCGCAUCCUGAUCCCCGUCACCGUCGUCGGCUGGCUGCUCUUUGGCGCGUCAUGUAUCCUCUGCAUCAACGGCAAGGGCCGGGCCGGGCACUGGGUGCCUAAGUGGUAUCUCGACUCGGAGGGCACGCCGCGGGACCGGGCGCUGGUGGGGGCGUGGUGGCUCGCGGUGUUACUGCUGUGGCCGGUGAUCCUGCCGGCGCUGCUGGCUAGGAAGCUGGUGCGCCAGGUGGCCAAGAAGGUGAGGGGCAGGCUAAAUAAGUAUAAAACGAUACCCCGGCCUCCCACAUAUGGAAACUUCUUUCUCUGGAUGUUAUGCUGCUACGACCUUGAGUCUCUCGCCGUAGACGUAGAUCCCACUAGUCGCGGUGGCAUAUGA